AUGUCUUUCCACCAGUCCUGCCGAAACAUUCAUAUCAAACCUGAAAAUGGGUACACGAUGCUCCUAGCUGAUGUUCGUGACAUGCGUGGAAACUACAUCCAUCGCAAGAUUCGCCUAGAUGACCAUAUUGGGAACACUGACGGUUGGUUCAUUUGGGGUGGCACCAACUUUACGCGGUCUGCCCGUAACGUUGUCCUUGAGGAUACUCCCUGGGGCCCCAAAUUGUGUGCCGACCUACCCAUGAUAAACGGUGGGUCUCGCGGACGCCAAGGAAUGAUGCUGUCCGAUAAGAUCCAGAAUGUAGAUGGUCGUCUCAAAUUCCUUGGGCCUUGA